AUGCCUCUGAGCCGCACGUUGUCGGUGUCCUCACUGCCAGGACUGGAGGAGUGGGAGGAUGAGUUCGACCUGGAGAACACAGUGCUCUUCGAGGUGGCCUGGGAGGUGGCCAACAAGGUGGGGGGCAUCUACACGGUGCUGCAGACCAAGGCGAAGGUGACGGGGGAUGAAUGGGGUGACAACUACUACCUGGUGGGACCGUACACGGAGCAGGGUGUGAGGACCCAGGUGGAGCUGCUCGAGCCCCCAACCCCAGCCCUGAAGAGGACGCUGGACUCCAUGAACAGCAAGGGCUGCAAGGUGUACUUCGGGCGCUGGCUGAUUGAGGGGGGCCCCCUGGUGGUGCUCCUGGAUGUGGGGGCCUCUGCCUGGGCACUGGAACGCUGGAAAGGAGAGCUCUGGGACACCUGCAACAUCGGGGUGCCCUGGUACGACCGAGAAGCCAAUGAUGCUGUCCUCUUUGGCUUCCUCACCACCUGGUUCCUCGGUGAGUUCCUGGCCCAGAGUGAAGAGAAGCCACAUGUGGUUGCCCACUUCCACGAGUGGUUGGCAGGUGUCGGGCUCUGCCUGUGCCGUGCCCGGCGGCUGCCCGUGGCCACCAUCUUCACCACCCAUGCCACACUGCUGGGGCGUUACCUGUGCGCUGGUGCCGUGGACUUCUACAACAACCUGGAGAAUUUCAAUGUAGACAAGGAAGCGGGCGAGAGACAAAUCUAUCACCGCUACUGCAUGGAGCGGGCAGCAGCACACUGUGCUCAUGUCUUCACCACUGUGUCCCAGAUAACUGCCAUUGAGGCUCAACAUCUACUCAAGAGAAAGCCAGAUAUUGUGACCCCUAACGGACUGAAUGUGAAGAAGUUCUCUGCCAUGCAUGAGUUCCAGAACCUGCAUGCUCAGAGCAAAGCUCGGAUCCAGGAGUUUGUGCGGGGCCAUUUUUAUGGGCACUUGGACUUCAACUUGGACAAGACUUUGUAUUUCUUUAUUGCCGGUCGCUAUGAGUUCUCUAACAAAGGGGCAGACGUCUUCCUGGAAGCCUUGGCCCGGCUCAACUAUCUGCUCAGAGUAAAUGGCAGUGAGCAGACAGUGGUGGCCUUCUUCAUCAUGCCAGCUCGGACCAACAACUUCAACGUGGAAACCCUCAAGGGCCAGGCCGUGCGCAAGCAGCUGUGGGACACGGCCAACACGGUGAAGGAGAAGUUCGGGAGGAAGCUCUAUGAGUCCUUACUGGUGGGGAGCCUCCCAGACAUGAACAAGAUGCUGGACAAGGAGGACUUCACUAUGAUGAAGAGGGCUAUCUUUGCCACACAGCGGCAAUCAUUCCCGCCUGUGUGCACCCACAACAUGCUAGACGACUCCUCAGACCCCAUCCUGACCACCAUCCGCCGGAUUGGCCUCUUCAAUAGCAGCGCCGACAGGGUGAAGGUGAUUUUCCACCCAGAGUUCCUCUCCUCCACAAGCCCUCUGCUCCCUGUGGACUACGAGGAGUUUGUACGUGGCUGUCACCUUGGAGUCUUCCCCUCCUACUAUGAGCCUUGGGGCUACACACCAGCCGAGUGCACGGUCAUGGGCAUCCCCAGUAUCUCCACCAACCUCUCCGGCUUCGGCUGCUUCAUGGAGGAGCACAUCGCAGACCCCUCCGCUUACGGCAUCUACAUUCUGGACCGGCGGUUCCGCAGCCUGGACGAUUCCUGCUCACAGCUCACCUCCUUCCUCUACAGCUUCUGCCAGCAGAGCCGCAGGCAGCGCAUCAUCCAGCGGAACCGCACGGAGCGUCUCUCCGACCUUUUGGACUGGAAGUACCUAGGCCGGUACUAUAUGUCUGCGCGUCACAUGGCGCUGGCCAAGGCCUUUCCGGAUCACUUCACCUACGAGCCCCACGAGGCGGAUGCGGCCCAGGGCUACCGCUACCCCCGGCCAGCCUCGGUGCCGCCCUCUCCUUCGCUGUCACGGCACUCGAGCCCGCACCAGAGCGAGGAUGAGGAGGAACCCCGGGAAGGGCCGCUAGAGGAAGAUGGCGAACGAUACGACGAGGACGAGGAGGCUGCCAAGGACCGGCGCAACAUCCGCGCGCCCGAGUGGCCGCGCCGCGCCUCCUGCACCUCUUCCACCGUCAAGCGCAGCAACUCGGUGGACACUGCGCCCUCCAGCUCGCUGAGCACGCCCAGUGAGCCCCUCAGCCCCGCCAGCUCCCUGGGGGAGGAGCGCAACUAAGGUGGCCACGCCCACUCCCCCGCCCUCACCUGUCCUCUCCCCCUCCCCCAGAACGGAGACAGCGGGUGCUGUUCCCGAACCCCACUCCAGAUCCCCAGUGGGAUCCAGCCCUGACCGCCGCACACUGCUCCCCGUCCAGCUCCGUUCUUGGAGGCCCCACCCUCCAAAACCCAAACGCUGUGCCUUUCUUGGAUUUCAGAAUGCAUUAUCUGUGCCCCAGAGUCCCCCAGGCUCAGACUGGGUCCCAGAGCCUGGGAAUCUGCCAUUACUCUGCAGUGGCGCCAGAGGUGCUGGGAAGCCUGGCCACGUGCACUGCAGGCUGAGGCUCCUAGAAGCUUUUGCGGCUUGCAAAUUCCAAAGCACACACAGCAUGCCGUGCCCAGAGCUGGCCUGGGGACCACAGAGUGCUAGAAAACAUAGUGUCCCCACUAACGGGACAGCCAAGUCCGGAACUGGGACACUUUCAGGGCCUUAAUGCCGAUGGUCCUCCACUUCAACUCCUGAGCUCCAGGAGAGGCUCCCGGUGUGGCCCUCCCUGGAGUGUCUAGUCCUGCCUGGAGGAUCCCUCAAAGCGCUCCUGUGGUCACCCACGCUUUGGCUAGGCCAGGGGUGGCACAAGCACUUGGCUCCUCGAUCCCUCUGGAGAGCAUGCCGUUGUGGUUUAGACACCCCUCUGCCUUUCUGGCCUGUUCCGUCAAGAUCCUUCCCUUUUCCCGAGUCUGAGAUCUCACCUGUGUCUUGUACUCCUGAGCCCUUGGAGGACUCCCUCUGCUGUCCACCCUACCCUCAGCCCACCCAGCCACUCCAUCCACCGUGAAACCACUGGGUUCUAGGCCCCAGCUGCUGCAUCGGAAACCUCACCACUGUGCUGCAUCCGGGUCCCUUUGCCCUGUUCUAGAGCUGAGCCCACUGGGUUCUAGAAGCUCCUCAGUUACCUCGAGGCCCUUCCAUCCCCAGGCUGUGCCCAGCCCCUGGCUUCAGUGAAGGGAGGGCCCCUCACGUGUGCUGUGCUGUGUCUGACACUCCACUUUGGUUUGCAGGGGGGAGAAGAACGGGUGUGUCUGGAGAUAAAAAGAUAUAUCAGUAUU